UCUAUUCCAUUCAUGAAGGUCUUUUAAACUGUUUUUCACAUUCUAUUUAUGGACCUGUUAAAUUGUGAUGUUAAUAUCCGAUUGUUAUCUAUUGUUGUGUGAUAAUGUUACAGCUGCAUGUGAUAGAGAUUCUCCAAUAGUUUCGUGAAAUAAUAGGAAUGCAAAUUUUUGUUUUAAUUAAAUCCGCCUCUGUAACAGUGUAGGCAGUGAAUCUAAUAGCCCUGUAACACUUCAAAUUUAAUGAGAAAGUGGUAUAAUGGUAAUUGCAGCAGGGUUAUUACCAAAACUCAGUUCAUGAGCACUGUUUUCAAUGCUCAAAAACAGGUCUAAAGUGACAAUAGGAAGAAAAGAAAUGAUCCUUUUAAGGAUUUAUUUUUCAUUUUGUCUUUAAAGUAACCAAAGGAAAAAACAAAAGUAAUCUCAGAACUGUGUAUGGCUGUUUUCAAGCGCACCCAGAAAGAAACUGAACGAGAAGUGGAACUGUAAAAUCAUUGGUGGAUGGAUUGUGCAGGUGAUCAUAUGGGUGUGUUUGCAUGUGCACGUGCAACACAUUCCUGAAGCCCCUGAAUUCACAAAAAACAACUUCUCAGAUAUUUGCAGUGACCUCACCAGUUAGGGUUAUAAAGUAUAAAUCCUGAUUGUGCAUUCUAGUGAAUGUGCAAACAUUCUGACCUGAAAAUGGCCUCUCCUGACGAGACUGAGAGGAGUGUGGCAAAAAAACUUAGACAUUUGGGGAGGAAGCUUCUCAAGGGCUCUUCACUUCACAAGCUUCUGCAGCUGCUUCAUAAACUGGAGCUUGUAUUAUCAACCCUGGAUCAAGAACCAACUAAGCUAAUUCAAGAAUCACUUGUACCUUGCAUGAAGGCAUUGAUUUCAGAUGAACUUUUGAGGCACGCAGAUGAGGAUGUUAAAAUUCUAGUUAUAUCUUGCAUCUCUGAGAUUGCAAGAAUCACAGCGCCAGAUGCCCCUUAUGAUGAUGAACAAAUGAAGGAAAUCUUCAAGCUCACUGUGGCAUCUCUGGAGAAGUUGUCUCACAUAUCUGGCUGUGCCUAUGAAAAAGUGCUUAUCAUACUUGAAAAUGUCAAUAAGGUCAGAUUAUGCUUGGUCAUGCUGGACCUUGAGUGUAAUGACCUGGUUAUUGAAAUGUUUCAGCAUUUCUUGAGAUUUAUAAGGUCAAACCAUCCCUGUAGUGCAUUUCAUUCAAUGGAAUCAAUAAUGACUAUGAUUUUACAAGAAAGUGAACAAAUUUCCCCAGAUCUUCUUAGACCACUGUUGGAUAGUGUAGGAAAUGAAAAUCGGACUGUUUCACCUAUGUCUUGGACAUUGGGGGAGAAAGUAAUCAGAAACUGUACUGCUAAGCUCAAGCCUUAUCUCAUGAAGGCAGUGGAGUCCUCAGGCAGAGCGAUAAAUGAGUAUGCACAGAUAGUAACUGAUAUUUGCCAGAAUGAAUCUGAAUCCCCUCAAUGUGAUGAUUCAAAUGGUUCUAAGAAGACAGUGGUUCAGGAAGCUGAGAACAAGCUUAAUGUUCCUAAUGAUGCAAAGGAACAACCGCAUGAUGAAACCAAGGGUCAUGAACCCAAUGUUACUGGUAAAAGAGAUGUCCAAAUUUUGGAUGAUACAAAGUCAAACAGAAGGUCCAUUCUGGAUGGCGAAGUUACAAAAAAAACUGGUUCAAAAAGGAGAUCAUGUUCUGAAAUUUCCAAGAACUCAAAAAAAGGGAGUGCAAAAACCAAGUUGGAAACUGAAAAUUUAGAGUCUGUUCAGGAACCAAAAUCAGAAACUCAGCUGAAUACUGUGCCAAGGAAGAGGGGCCGUAAGCCUAAUUCUCUGAUGAAUGCAGAAGAAGGCUAUGAUCACUCGUGGAUUUGUCGGGAAACUGAAGUGGGAAGAUCAACACUAUCCAGAAAGUCAUGCGAUUCCAGGUUUCCUUUUCGAUCUUCUGAAAAAGCUACUUCCAGAAAAGAUAAGUUGCAUCGAAAGAAUAAAACUGUAAGUGAAACUCUAGUUCAUAAGCCGAAAAGUGAGGACAUAGCAAAAACUACGAAACUCAGAAGGACUCACAAUAUUAGCAAUGAUUUUCCCCCAAAUGAUACAAGUGAAGGUCGUGAAGCUUCAGCUUCUAAGCCUAAAGCUGAUGAUAAUGCUGAUGCUUCUCCUUCUACAAAUAAUAAUAUUUCUGAUGGAUGUCACAGCAAACGGGGUCGGAGAAGGAAAUCAAAUAUCAUGGGGAAUGAAGGUGUUCAUUCCAAUUCUUUGUCAAUGUUAAAAGACAACUCGAAUCCUCCGCCUCAGAAGAUUUCUUUGGAUUCCCCAACAGUUAGGUUGGAAAAGGAAUCUGAAGCAAGGAAUAUCUCUGAACAAAAACCCAUUAGGAAAAUCAAAUUUUCCUUAAGGCUUGAUGGAAAACUUGUCAUGGGUCCAGAAUCAGCUGCUAAUGGGGAGCCGAACGAUUCAUGUGGAGAAGAGGGGAAACACAAGUCAUCUAUGAAUGAUGAGCCAGCAAGUAUUAAAGAGGGCACAUUCUCAACUCAAACAAAUGUUAAGAAAAGGAGGGGGCUUGAUGCUACUCCUAACGAGGGCCUCAACAAAUUAUCAGCCGUGAAGGAUCUGACAGCAGAAUCUGCAAGUAAAACACUAAAUAGUGUCAAGGAAACCCCACAAGCAAGGCUGAGGAGAAGACACAGUGAUGUGAGUGCUAAGGCAUCUGAAUGUCUUUACAAGGAUAAAUCAUUGGUCGGUAAGAGAAUAAAGGUCUGGUGGCCAAAAGAUAAGACGUUUUAUGAAGGUGUUAUCGAAUCUUAUGAUCCUAUCAAAGGAAAGCACAAGAUUUUGUAUGCUGAUGGUGAUGUUGAAGUGUUGAACCUCAAAAAACAGAAAUGGACAGUAGUUGACGUUUCGUUAGACAAGGAAGGACUUACACUUCAGAGGCUCGCAGAAGCAUCAGACGUAGCAGAAAAAGACAAGGAAAAAUCAGAACUGGUGUCAGCCAAAGCUACAACUAUCAAAUCUCAGUCCAGAAAUGACUCUAAGAAGCCUAAAAACCAGAAGAGGAACAGCUGAUUCUGUCAAAAUGGAGAAGGUUGUGCAAGGUUACCUGCUAUGGGCCUCAAUGCAGUGUUACUAGUUGGCUCUAAAGCUUGUAACUUUUGCUUACCCUGUUAUCAGUUUAGUAUGUCUUGUUUCAUAGUUAAACUUGUCAGUGUCUAGAAUGGUUUGAUAUAUUAUGGUGUCUAAGACUGUUUACUUCAAAAGGGUUUUUUCACACCAUUUUCAAAACCUGGUCUCUCAAACUUACUUAACAUAUCUGGUACAUUGCAUGCAGAAUUUGACAUAGCAAAGUGUUGCCAUGAUUUCAUCUUUGAAUUUGAAAGUUGGCUUGAGAAACAUAAUAAACAAGGACAACAAAAAAGUCUA